AAAAGAACAAAUCAGCACCGUCAAAUAACAAUCGACGGCCGCGGCAUGGCCGUCGUCACAUCGUGCUUCCGUUGCGCGACCGCCGCCGCGCUCACACUCCACCACCACCAACCGGCCUUCCUCGCCGUCCGCCUCCGCCUGCGCCUCCCGCGCCGCCCGAUCCCGACGAACAGGGCCAUGUCCUCCUCGUCGGCCGCUCCCGUCACCUCGCCGCACCAGGCCGGGGCGUGGUACGCGGUGCCGGACCUCAGCCUCCGGGACCACCGCUUCGCCGUCCCUCUCGACCACUCCUCCUCCGGCUCCCCCUCCAUCACCGUCUUCGCCCGCGAGGUCGUUGCUGCCGGAAAAGAAGAUGCAACUUUGCCUUAUUUGAUGUACCUACAAGGAGGUCCUGGAUUUGAAAGUCCUCGUCCCAUGGAAGCUAGUGGAUGGGUAAAGAAAGCGUGCGAAGAAUACCGCGUGCUAUUGCUAGACCAGCGAGGGACAGGGCUGUCAACACCGCUGACGACAUCUUCUCUUUCUCAAAUAACAACUGCGGCAGAGCAGGUGGAGUAUUUGAAGCAUUUCAGGGCAGAUAACAUAGUUAAGGAUGCAGAGUUUAUUCGUCUGCUUCUUGUACCAGAUGGCAAGCCUUGGACAAUUCUGGGACAGAGUUAUGGUGGAUUUUGUGCUGUUACGUAUUUGAGUUUUGCUCCGGAGGGCCUUAAAUCUGUACUGUUGACCGGAGGGCUUCCACCACUAGGAAAGCCCUGCACUGCAGAUAAUGUGUACAGAGCCUGCUUUAAGCAGGUUCAGCUACAAAAUGAAAAGUACUAUAAGAGAUAUCCUCAAGAUAUUCAAGUUAUUCAUGAGGUUGUAAGAUACUUAAGUGAAUCUGAAGGUGGAGGAGUCCUUCUCCCAUCAGGUAGCAGGUUAACACCUAAGAUGUUGCAGUGCCUUGGACUAUCUGGUUUAGGUUCUGGUGGAGGAUUUGAAAGACUGCAUUAUCUACUCGAGAGGGUGUGGGAUCCUAUACUAGUUCCUGGUGCAAAAACGAAUAUAAGCUAUUACUUCUUGAAAGAGUUUGAGAUGUGGUUAGGUUUUGAUCAAAAUCCUCUUUAUGCUCUCUUGCAUGAGUCUAUCUACUGUGAGGGAUCUUCAUCAAAAUGGUCAGCCAAUAAGAUUUUCAGUGAAUAUGGAAAUUUGUUUGAUCCUGUUAAAUCUACAGAAGAAGGACGUCCUGUGUAUCUUACUGGAGAGAUGGUAUUUCCAUUUUUUUUCGAUGAGAUCCAUGCUUUAAGACCCCUAAAGGAGGUUGCCCAUUUGUUAGCAGAAAAGGAUGACUGGCCUCCAUUGUAUGACAUCAGCAUGUUGAACAACAAUAAGGUUCCAGUGGCUGCCGCCGUGUACUACGAGGACAUGUAUGUCAACUUCAACAUCGCCAAGGAGACGGCCUCCCAGAUUGCCGGCAUCCGACUGUGGGUGACCAAUGAGUACAUGCACUCUGGCCUUCGGGAUGGCGGCUCCCACGUCUUUGAGCAUCUCAUGGGUCUUUUGAAGGGAAAGAAGCCUCUGUUUUAGGCCUAUAGUUCACGGUGUCCAUAACUGCUCUAGAGCCGUGAUAGUAAGUGUUCUUCUUUCUCGUAGUCGAGAAAUGAAUAAGAAUAUUCUCCUGGUUAUAAUACUCGUGAACGUUUGCACAGAUCAUGCUGUUACUUUUGGUGUUUGAGACAUACUUGAGGGCGUUGGAAUUGAAAUAGAUUAUGCAAAAUUUGUUAAA